AUGAAGAGGCAAAAGAGAGAACUUGAGGUGAAGUUGGUGCUGGACAUUAGUGAACAGCCCCCGCCCUGGGCCGCACAGCAACCCCCGCCCUGGGCCGCACGGCAACCCCCGCCCUGGGCCACACGGCAGCCCCCGCCCUGGGCCACACGGCAACCCCCGCCCUGGGCCACACGGCAGCCCCCGCCCUGGGCCACACGGCAACCCCCGCCCUGGGCCACACGGCAACCCCCGCCCUGGGCCACACAGCAACCCCCGCCCUGGGCCACACAGCAACCCCCGAGCCUGGGCCACACAGCAGCCCCCGCCCUGGGCCACACAGCAGCCCCCACCCUGGGCCACACAGCAACCCCGCCCUGGGCCACACAGCAGCCCCCACCCUGGGCCACUAGGCAACCCCCGCCCUGGGCCACACAGCAGCUCCCACCCUGGGCCACACAGCAACCCCCGCCCUGGGCCACACAGCAGCUCCCACCCUGGGCCACACAGCAACCCCCGCCCUGGGCCACACAGCAGCCCCCGCCCUGGGCCACACAGCAGCCCCCGCCCUGGGCCACACAGCAGCCCCCGCCCUGGGCCACACAGCAACCCCGCCCUGGGCCCCACAGCAACCCCCGCCCUGGGCCACACAGCAACCCCGAGCCUGGGCCACACAGCAGCCCCCGCCCUGGGCCACACAGCAACCCCCACCCUGGGCCACACAGCAACCCCCCGCCCUGGGCCACACAGCAGCCCCCGCCCUGGGCCACACAGCAACCCCCACCCUGGGCCACACAGCAAGCCCCGCCCUGGGCCACACAGCAGCCCCCACCCUGGGCCACACAGCAACCCCCACCCUGGGCCCUAAAUCCAGGUUUAUUCUCUCCUCAUCCUGGAUGCCUUCUGAAAGCAGCCUCUUAA